GAACGUAAACAAAACUCGGCGUCAAGAAGGAACGGCAUGAAUUCCCACAUUUCCCCGAAGUUGGAAGAAAGGAGAAAGAACGAGAGUUGAUGGCAUUUGAUGUUACUGAACGUGAGACCGUCACUCGAGAGCCGAAUGUUAAAAUCAGCUAGAGUUAGGAAAUGGCAUCAGUCCCCCCCCCACGCAAAAAGGCUCGAGUCCAGGAGGAGGCUGGUGCACCCUUGCCCGUCCCUGUUGAGGCACUGACUGGAUUGCCCGCCUCAUCAGGUGGCUGGUCUUACUACAGUGCUGUUUACAAAAAUGGGAUUAUCGAAGUGACGGAUACUCAGGAUGCUCUUGCUCUCUGGCAUAAUGGUUACUAUGGCUAUGACAGGAUUGAACCAAGCGACUUUGAAGACACAAGAAAUAUCAGUAGGUUUCAUCGCAAAAAGUGUUGGAAACUAUUGUGCACGGAUGACUUGCAACCAAGAUCCUUUUUCACAAGACCAGUGGAAAACAAUGGCCAGAAAACCUCAGGGAAUGCGGCAGAUACACAGAUUGAAAAUCAUAAAAAUAGUGAGAAGUCAGAGGAGGAAAGUAAUUGUAUGUCACAGUUACAUGAAGUGAAACAAACUGAAGAAGGUGAAGCAUAUUCUAACGACAACUCAUUUCACUGUCAAAAUGAAAAGGAUAAAUCUAUUAAGACCGUCUUGGAUUUAAGUAGUCGCCAUAGGGAAAGAGAGACUGUGUUGGAAGAGGAUGAUGAGGCUCUUCAUGAAGGUAUGAAACUUAUGCCUGAGGAAGCCAUGUUUCUGUCCUAUGCUCUCGGGUGUUUGGUCGUAUCUCAGAGUGUCCGGCGACAGUCUUGCCAAUAUUCAUCAGAGGGAAAUGACAUGUACCGUGAGAUGACAAUAGAUGAGAUGUGGACAGCAUUCACCAGAGCUGAUAAAACAUUUCCCAUAAGAUAUGCUGUUUACCACCAUUAUAGAACCAAAGGUUGGGUCGUCAAAUCUGGGCUCAAAUUUGGCACUGACUGGGUACUGUAUCCAGUUGGGCCGCCUUUUUAUCAUGCACAAUACACAGUCCUGAUCCAGUGCGUUUGGUCCGAUACCCUUCUUAGAGAUGAUAGCAUCUCUUGGAGAGAAUUUUCUUGGAUUAACAUCGCUGCCACAGAACGCCUCAAUUCUCAUGUUGCAAAGGCCCCACUUAUCUGCCUUGUGCUUCGCCCCAGAGGUCUAACGGACAGCCAGCUGGAGAGACCCCAAUGUCUGCACCAACUAAGCAUACAGGAACUUCUCCUUUCUCGUUGGCUGCCAAGCGCCCAGGACCAAGAGGAGGAGGCGUGAUAUUGUACUGGAUUAUUUUAGGUAUUAUAAAUAAAUUAUUAAAGAAUUA